AUUUGCCUUCACCCAAAAACCUGUAAGAUGGGAGAGUGAGUUUGCAGUUCAGCAUUCACCAUCUGCAAUUACUCUACUACUUCAAUUCAAUUGGAGAUCUCUAUUUCCAGUUGAAUUUUUCUUACCCUAACCACCCAGCAGCAUCACCUUUAUAGUGUUUGAUGAAAUGCCUAUGUGAGAAGUAGCAUUUCUUUACAAACAGUAUUUUGAAGUAGAAAAUAUCUUGUAGAUUGUCAGAGAUAUUAUUCACAACUACUUAUGUCCUUACGUAGACCACCACUUCCUCGGCUUCUCCUUAAGAAUGUAGCUUGCAUGAGAAACGCCCAGCAAAUCCUCCGCCAUGUAAAUGUUUCUCUCCACGACGGUGGUGCCCUUGUACUCACAGGCGCUAAUGGCUCGGGAAAAACUACCUUUUUGCGCAUGUUAGCCGGUUUUGCAAAACCGUCGGCUGGUGAGAUACUCUGGAAUGGUCACGACAUCACUAGCUCGGGAGUUUUCGAACAGUACAAACUUCAGCUCAAUUGGCUCUCUCUCAAGGAUGCUGUGAAGGAGAAGUUCACAGUCCUGGACAAUGUUCAAUGGUUUGAAGUUCUCGAAGGCAAGCAGGGGAAGUCUUUGCCCGCACUAGAACUCGUGGGGCUCGGGAGAUUAGCAAACGAGAAGUCGAGAAUGCUUUCCAUGGGACAAAGGAAGAGGUUACAACUCGCCAGGAUGUUGGCGAUUGAUCGGCCUAUUUGGUUGCUUGAUGAGCCUUCGGUGGCGCUGGAUGAUGAUGGCGUGAAAUUGCUCGAAACCAUUAUUGCUGAGCAUAGAAAGAAAGGCGGCAUUGUCAUUGUGGCCACACAUCUACCGAUUACAAUUGAGGAUGCCAUGCAUUUGAGGUUACCUCCAAGGUUCCCUCGAAGAAUGACAUUGGUGGACAUGCUUGAUCGAGGCGGAUUGGAGUAAUACUAUAACAUCAAUUGCCUUUAGCUGUGAUGUGAAGGUACCUAAGUUUUUUUCUUCUUCUUUUAAAUAUAGAUACAAGAGUGUAGGAAGAAAAUUGCUACGUUGAGGUGGAUUGCAAUAUAAACUUAAGCUAUUCUUUGCUUUUUGGGUGAGUUCUCCAAUUGAAAUCUCUUUUCCUGUCUUAAUAAGUGUAAUUUUGAGUU